GGAAAAAUGGAAAUACUAGUAGAGAAAAAUUAAAUAGCUUGAAUUGAAAUGUCAAAACCAGAAACUCAAUUUAAAAAAUCGAAUCAGUUUGUAAAAUUUUUAGUAAUUUAAAUCUCAAGUAGCCAUAAUGAAAAGAAAGGGUAGAAGAAAAAUCUCAGUUGCUUCCAGCACGGAGUUCUAUUCCCACUCCGAAAAGCCUUUUUUGGGAAGAAGUAGAGCCUUACUGCUAGCAAAACUGAAGCGCGAGGAACGGAGUAAAACGUCCUUUGACUCCACUACGGGAUACUACUCCUACACUGAUGCGACCUCCUUGAGAAGGGCCCCAAUCACCUUCUCACCCAGUCCGGAGUUUAUGCAAAACGCCAAGGUAAAAUUAAAGUUAAUCGCCCUAUAUGAGGACCACGAGUGCUUGUGGAAUCAGUGUCACCCGGAUUUCUUUAACUUCGAGCGCAAGGAUGAAAUUUGGGAGGCGAUCGCCAAUGAAAUGAAAUUGGAUUCGCCUCCCGAGUUUUGGAAACAUUUGAUCCACAGGCUGCGCUACAAUGUGGAGCUGGAGCGUAUCCAAGAGCAGGAGGCGAGGUUUUCGGGCGGGACUGUGCAACCCAAACUUUACUACACGGACAAACUCGUAUUCUUAAAUCACAUGUUUAACAGAGAUAAAAGAAUUUCGCCUAGAGAGGUGCCUAUGCCGGUCAAGCCUUUGGGAGUUACUAUCGAAAACCACUCUUCAAAAAACCUGCGAACAGUCCGAGAAAAGCCAAAAUCUCGCACGCCCAUCAGCGAAAAGUUGGCCUCCCUCGAGAAGUUGAGAAACAACCAAAGCAGCAAGUUGGUUCUGUCUCGGGAAGCCUUUCAAAAAAUGCAGAAGGUCACCAGUGGUGGACCUUACUUUUUAACCAAGACAAAGAAUAAAUCCUAGGCUCAGCUUUCGAAAGCCCGAACUGAAGAGCAUGCAUUACAAAGACUUAAA